GUGCGUGUGUGUGCGUGUGUGUGUGUGCGUGUGUGUGCGUGUGUGUGUGUGGGAAGUGUAAUGUUUCUCCAUAGUUUGUCGAAAGCCAGAAAGAAAGUUCUAGAGCAGCUUAGUGCAGGAACAGAAGACAGACCACUUCAAAAAUAUGUUACCUCUCCAGUUAUCUCGUCCCUCGACCUCUUUAUAUAGUGACAAUGAUAGUCAUUUCGAAAGAAUAGCCAUGGAAAAAAAAAAAAGAGCCAAGGAAAAUUAUGUUGAAUUUAUUCACCAAUUUGUGGAGAAUGUUCGUAGCUUUAGUUCUCAGUAUGGCAGUAAUUCUAGUGUAUAUUAUGUUGCUACUAACAUAAUUGGGCCAGUCAGUCAAUUUCCAAAUUAUGGAGAUUGUCCACAAUCAUUUGCCAUGAGGACUUAUGGACCGUGGUGGAACAAAGCACCUUCGAGAUCAAUUGAUUAUAUGCCACAGAACAAUACAGAUGUUGUGAGUCAAGAUUAUAUUGAUAUUGAGUAUGAUAAAGCUGUAUAUCCAAUAAGAGUUUCUAUAUACGAAGUAUUUAAUCCUGGGAGCGUAAUUCGAAUCUGGGCGGAAGAUUUUAAAGGUCGAUGGUUUUUACUGUGGAAUGGACCACCUCAGAUUGUUCCUCCGAAAUCACGGAUAUUUUCUCCGCCUUUGCAACCGUGUGACUUUAAAACCAAAUUACUCAGAUUAGAAUUUAACCACAGUUUAUUGGACAGUUACGCAGAGAUAGAGGCUGUGAUGCUUAUUGGGACAUUAGAAUUGAUUUUUCCUAGAGAUCCAGCUUACAAUCAGAAUUUAACUAAUAUGUUAAUAAACAUUAAUCGCAAGCUGUUUGCAACUCCUUGCUGUGAGGAUAUCCAUAAUUUAACACCAAAUUAUAAAAAUGCACAUUCGGAUCUAAUCUACCUCAACAAAACAUUAAUUAAACAUUGUAUUGUAUGCAAAAGCGAUGUAGUAGCGAAUUUUCACGACAGCAACCUAGCAUCUCGGCUAAAAUUCCUUUAUUAUUAUGUACCACCUCUUAAAGAGGGAUCUAAUAGUAUGCAACGCUUUUUAUCAGAAGAACUUCCAAAGUUUACGAAAGAUGUUAAACACUCUUCAGAUGAAUUCAAGAAGCCAUCACGUUAUAGUUUGUGUGCACUUCCUGAUGAAAUAAUAAUGAGAAUAUUAAGAAACUUGGACUUAAAGUCAUUAUACCGUAUGGGCAGAGUGAAUAAACAUUUUAAUAAUUUAGCACGAGACCGUCUGCUUUAUACAAGUUUAAACUUAAAACCAUAUUGGCAUAUUAUUAAUACAAAAACAUUGUAUAACUUAGCACUUAGAUGUAAAUAUUUACGACGGUUGGAUCUUUCAUGGUGUGACAAAUUUUCUGUCCGGGAACUUGAAAAUUUUCUUUUCACUUCUUGUGGUAGUCUCUUAACGCAUUUACGAUUAAAUUGCUGCUCAUGUGUCAAUAACAAUAUCAUGCUUACAAUUUCGACAAUAUGCAAAAAUUUGAAAGAAUUAGGUCUACGUAAUUGUGAUUUGAUAAAAGAAAGAGGAUUCUCAUAUCUCGAAAAUCUGGAGUUCUUGGAGCAUUUGGAUCUUUACAAGACACAUAUAAAUACUCAAACUCUUUGCAAGAUACUGCGAAAAAAUAUACGAAUGCGUCACUUACAUAUAGGAGGCAUCGACACAAGUCUGAAUGUAGAUGAAGUUGCAAUGGAAUUGAGAAAUUCAUGUCCAGAUUUAGAAAGUAUAGAUUUAUGGAAAACGCGCACUCUUACAUCGCAAGGUAUUGAUGCUCUUGCUGAUUGCAAAAAUCUACGAGAAGUGGAUUUUGGUUGGUGUUAUUACAAUAGAACUGCUUAUGGUGAUAGUUUUCGUAGAUUGUUUUCCUCCUGUCAACAUCUGGAAAAAGUUUUCUUGAUCUCUGUUAGAGGCCUUACUGAACGUGAUCUAAGAGCACUGACAUUAUGUAAAAAUUUAAAACAGUUAGAUUUGUUAGGCACAUUAUCCCUGACAACUGAGAUAUGUCACGCAAUUUUCGUGAAUUGUCCUAAAUUAGAGAUGAUUGAUCUCAGCUUUUGUGACAAUAUUACCGAUCGCUCGAUUCAGCAAUGGCGGCAAAAAUACAUACAUAUAGCCAUUAAAAGAACAUGCUUUUAUGCGAAUAAUCAUGAUGAUGAUGAAGAUGAUGAUGAUGAUGAUGAUGAUGAUGAUGAUGAUGAUGAUGAUGAUGAUGAUGAUGAUGAUGAUCAUUAUCAUGAUGAUGACGAUGAUGAUGAU